UAUGAUUAUUGUUGCUAUAUCUUAUUAACGCUUUCUCUGUUUAAGUGCGAUGUUACAGAUACAAAUUAUGCCAUAUGUUCGGAAGGGUAAUAGAAGACCUAGUUCAAUGCGAAGCAACGCAUCUGUACAGAUGGCUUUGUCUAAGGUACACAUCCACGAGCACCUGCAACACCCUGUAAAUUCAAUCAGCUGCAUCAACUCAACAACUACGUCAAUUUCAAUACCGCAACCGAACAUCAACAACUGCUACUUCUACAACUACUACUAGUACUGCUGUUACUUUACUACUACAUCAGCAUCGACGACAAAUAAAGCAAAUAAAUAUCCAAUGCGACCAUGUUAAGUCAACAAUCGGGUCAGUGUCAGCGCUAGCAGAGCUGACAGAAAAUAAAAUGAUUUUUCUUAUCGUAAAUAUCUUCUCUCCCAUUUGUCACUCGAUAAUAAUAACAACGUUUAUUAAGAGCAAAAAAGUACACAGAUAUUUUUGCCUCAACAUGCCGCUACGGUUCACUAGGACGCUGAUGCCUUUCGCUCAAUGGACGAUACCUUUUACCGCUAACAAACAAUGAGAAGAAGCAGCUGAAUCAGUGUCUUCCCGUAGCAAAGAAAAAGCAAGUUCGAAGUGUCAGAUCUGAUCGCAGAUGAAGAUCGUAAAGAUCGCAUUGUUGUCGACGACACAUGUGUGACCGCUGUUUUCACAGUUCGUUGUGCGGGCUCGUGCUGUAUUUAGACCUACUACUUGUGGUGUGUGUGAUCUAUCUGAAACUUUGUAGACGAUUAGCGACAUGUCAAUCUAUACGUCGGGAUCGGUCUCGCCUGCUCGGACGGCGAGUGCAACACCUAGCAGUGAGCGAUCGUUCGGUAGCCGCCAGGGCCUCCUGGGACCUCUAGGUGUACAUGACGUCCAUCUGGGCCCCUUGGGAGUGCACGACCCGCAUGUCGCGCAUGCUACGAGUGACUACGGGUCGAGUGAGGGUACCCACGUGCAGCAGUGCAUUCGUUGUCUACACUACGGCCACGAUCGGUGCCGCCGUAAGCCACGUUGCUUUCGAUGCGGGUCGUUUGAGCAUGUGGAUUCCGCGACUUGUACACUGCCAGUAACCUGCCUAAACUGUGGCGGACCUCACCACUCGCGACACGUUGGUUGUCCGUCUCGUUUGCGAGAGCUCACCAUUCAACAGCUGGUCCAUAAGCAAGGCUUGUCCCGCAAAGAAGCCGUUCAGAUGGCGGCUUCCUUCGGCGUCGACACAUCGAUCACUGUUCCGCAUCGGACGAAGGCAAGCUCCGAAAAGCAAAUAACGGUCAGUAAAUCUGUGGGUGUUCAGACCGAUCCGCCUCCGGCGGACGCAGCCACUCAGACAGAUCCUCCAAACAAUUUUUCUGCAAUUCUGGCAUCUCCGAUAUCAUCACAGGUAGUUAGCUGUUGGGGGUACCCUGUCUACUCAUGUUAUCCUGUGCAAGUGGUCUCAUUAAGCGGACCUUCGUACCCAACGGAGAACUCCACCGUUUCGAAUAUGCCGAUCCCUGCCGGUCUUGGAGCUAGUCAACUGCACCAUUUCAACAACAAUAUUAUCAGCAGUAGUGGCGGAGGCGCCAGCAACCUCAACAACAGCUGCAGCAACAGCAGCAGCCCUCCUUCAACUAAUUACUUCACCUCGCUCACCUCGUACGCUUCGUUCUGAACAUUAUUAACUACCUACUGAGGACACAGCGAGCCACUAAAAAGGGCACGCGCCUCUUUACUUCGACCUGAGUUUUUGGCGCCGCUAUCACGGUUGCACUUCUCUCACGAUACGAUCUAGAACCAACAAACAUUAUUACGUCACACCAUCAUAACUGAUGUCGUGCCGAUUGCGUCUUGUUAUUGACACUGCACUAGACCGGGCAUCGAAUAGACAGACUCCUUGCAAUAUAUAAUGUACGCUAAUAUAAAUAUGUAUAACGAAAUUAUUAGAUCUAGAUGUAACUGUCAUUAAUGAAGUAUUACUGCAAAGUUGAAAUUACUAUUGCAAAGUGUACUAUCUUCAGCAUGAAACAUAGUUCUAAUGUAGGUUUGUUUAAACUAAAGCGCCUCGUCGACCCGAUCUGUUCACAUGGCAACGUACAUGAAAACAGCGUUCUUUUUCGGAUGCCAGGCAGAUUUCAGGGGCUGUGGUACUGGGUGCUUUUGGUGACGAUGUGCGAGGUGUCACGGCAGCACGGCGCAAUUCGCGCACUGAAACGGCUGAAAAAGCCACGGGUCAAUUCGUCAGUUUUUCACACAGGUCUUGCGGCAGGGACUCGACAGAACCUCAUUGAAGCACUGAACACAGUUGUUGGCUGGCUAGGGUCAAUCACCAACAAUCGCCUGAUGCUGGCCCGCCCCCACCACUUAUUCACUAUAAUGACUAUUCCGGCUACAGCGAACGAGCAGGAACGGCUAUAUACACACUGAUUAGAUCCGCGCGCCUUGAACAACAACACCAGCAACGCCGCCGCCGCCGCCGCCGCCGCCGCCGCCGCCGACGUCAGCAACAACGCGACGACGACAAACAGAAAACAUGGAGGCUUCACAUCAGCUACCGUAACAGGAAAUCACAGCCGGAAAAACUGCGCUUUCGGAUUUAAGUUUUACUUUAAAGUGUAACUAAGUGGAGAGCACCGCUGCUCGCCUGCUGAGCGACGCCUGCUAAUCGAACUAUUUCAUGGGUAGGGUAAAGACGUUCGGGUCGGAAUACUUGACCUGCCACUUGGGUACACCCAGCCAACACACAUGGCUCCAUAUUUCUUAGCAUUAUUAACAAUUAUAGAUAAGCCGGCCACUUACAUUUUACACAAGAGCAACUUUUAUGCCAGUGGAAAUUCGCUGUUCACCGAUAGACGCGCGUAGGUACGCCGAAGUUUGAGUUUGUCCGUCUGCUACUGCCGUUCAACAUUGUUUCAAACACAUGAUGAGACUAGGCAGUAACCUCGUGCGAGCAGUAAAAUGACGUUAGUCCCGAUGGAAUUAUCAUAGUUGCAUUUAUUACUAAGCGACAUUUGCGUUGAUUGGUUUUAACGAUACUUCCUAGGUCACGAUCCCGUUUUGUUUAUAUACGUAUAAUCUAUUGAUAUUUAACUUGUGCAUGACGAAUGCAGUGCGACACGGAAUUAAGUGCUCCAUUGAAGAUCUAUCGGGUCUACGAUGUGUGAGACGAAAGGGGGUAAAGCCGCCCACCGCUGGCCCACGUUUGGGCCAACCAACGAUGCUUUAAUUGUGAAACAAGGAGACCUCCUUAAAUCGAUGCGACGAUGGUAACGGCAGAAGUAAACGAAGGACCCCACAUAAAUACUCAUGAUCAUCAGUCGUCUGAAUGUCCUGAUCACAGGAUGGCACGACCUCGGAAUUACGGAACACAAUUACUGACGCACACACACUCACACACACACAGCCACACCCGCUCCACCUAUUGGCGACGCGUCACAAUAAGUAUGAUGACAAAUAAGAUGCUCUCUCAAUUAGUAUAUGUUAAUUAACGACGCUAUAGAUACUUCAAUCGCUGUAGCCUCAACUGCGUUACCUCAAUAUAGCAGCAAAUAGCAUCUAAGAUCACCAAUGAGGGCGACUUCCUAUUAUUGUUAUCAUUACUAUUGAUAUCGUCAAAAGCAGGCGCUCAUAUUUAUACUCAAGUUUUGCUGCAUUUAUGGCUAUAGGUGACGAGGUAGGACAUCAAGAAUAGCUUUGUUGAUCCGAGCAAUCGACAUCGACAACAUUCUAUUAGAAAUAAGUAUAUUAUUAUAUAGCCAGAUACGACUCAUAUGUGUGAACUGAGGUUGUGAGGUAGUCGACUCCAAUGAAAUGAAGUCAACGGACUAAUUCGCUGCUGACAGAAUGUAUGAAAUCUCGUCGAGAUUCAUACCCUUACAUAGGGCCAGAUUUAUCAACAAUGACGCAACAACGUUUCUGCAUCAAGCAACCUCGCGAUGGCCAGCAGUACAAAGUCUUCAUAUCAUAAUACAGAAAUCUCACAUAAUGAGAGUUAGUGACUUUAAAGGCAGACAACGAAGCGAGACAGGGGGGGCAAAAAUUAGCAGAAAUAUCUCUAACCAAAGUGCGUAACUUAAUCAAAUUCUUAUACACAAUCAUAUUGCGGCCAAUAAGUUAUCAACUUGAACUUUUCAUUUACGUUAUCACUUCAGCCGCUGAAGCGUGCUGACGGAACAAGGGAUGCAGCCAGGAGAGCAGACAGACCUGUGAAUAGAGCUGUACUUAGUAUAUAAGAACCAGAAAGUCAGAAGCAGCUGCAAGAUUUUAUGACCAACAUAUUGUUUGUUUUUAUAGUAUUAUAAGUUUAACUUCGUGUGAUAUUUUUAGCCUCAGAUUGCAACAAAUGCAAACUUAAAUCAGUUCACAAAUCAAAGGAGAGACUGGGAAACGAGUUAAGCACUUGAGAUCGCAACAUGCAACACCUCUCUUCAAUAUUAGAUGCAAUGGAUGUAUUAUUAUGUUUGUAUAGGGGUGAGUGCUCACUCUUCCGUUCCAUUACACUUAAAGUUGUCAGGGUUACGGCUAAGGGCUUUCGAAUACGUGCGUCAAAAUCGGGAACCUCUUUCAGAUUAAGGCGUCAACGCCAUCUUUAAUUAAGCAAACCCCCGUAAGACGCUUAUCUAUAUUAUUACACUACGUAUUAUUUAAGAUUAAAAAGGAAUAUUAGGCUAGGCUUUUACCCUAUUUGGUCUUUGUAAGUAUUAUCAACAACAUUGAAAUCACCCUCGUCACUGUCGACAGUUUCGUAGCCCCCAACUGCUUAAGGCGGAACGGAAGAACCGAUUUUUCGUCACCCGGUAUAUUAUACGUCGUUUAUUUUCAGUAUUAUUUAUUAGAUUAUCCUUAUAUAGUACCUAAUUAACCAAAUAUGUGAAUGAUAUAGUAAAAAGAUUAAAGGCAACGAUGAUACCUCCUCACGGAUAUGACAAAAAGGAUCUGUUUAUACGUAGGUGGCUUGCUAGCUCGACGACGAUUGGGCUUGAUUUGUUAUUCAAAUGCAACGGCACGAUGAGAAAAAGCAUAUAUUUUAAUAAUGAGGUAUCCACAAAAUAAAAAAAGAACAAAUAUAGUGGCAGACAUAUAUAUGAAACAGUAUAACUCUAUAAUAAAUUGUACAACAGCAACAUAUGAGCCUGUUACAAAACAGAAUCGUUCUACAUUUACAUCUGAGCGAACGCUUGCCUUUCCCUACAGAUGUUCUCCUUGAAUCUCUACAUCCGUGGCAAAGGCUCCGUCCGUAUUAAACAGUUCGUUAAUUUUUUUUUGGCGUUUUCGCUUGGGUGUACUACGAGUAAUACUAAAGAAAGAAACGAAAAAACCUCCGAUCUCAAUCGUGGCGAAAAAUCCGAUGGAUACGUUAUACAGCACGUCCUGUCAGGCAGGAACCGGUUCAUGCAAAAACCUAUACGCAAGCGAAUGAUGAACACGAACAGAGACAUGAUAGUCGGUAAGCUGUCAGAAAAUCGCUUAUAGAACGCGUGAAAAAAAGGUAAUAACACACACGUUCACAGACGUACAGAUACUAAUUGUUGCUAUGCGUUUUGAAGAAGUUCCGGUAUCAGGUCAGUGAAGAAGAGGAAGACAACGAAACAAACGACAUUACUUAUGCUGACAGCAGCGAAGCGAUUAAAUGAUGCAAAGAGUCGAACAAUAAUACUUCAUUUGUAAAGACAUAAUGCGGAAUACUCAUCACUCGAGAUCACUGAAAUACAGACAUAAAUGAAAUGUUCAAGAA